UGGACUCACUCCUCGCCAUGACACCAUCACCUUCGUUAUUUCUGAUGGGGAGACAGAGACCUCAGCUUUGUGCUGCAAAGGAGGGACUCCCAUGAGGACCAGAGGCUCAGCUCAGCUCCGAGACAGUCUGCCCGUGUACGACCUCCAGAUCACAGUGUUUCCUGUCGACAGCCAGCCACCUACUCUAUCAACAGGAGACAUCUUUAUGGUGGAUGAAGGUGGAACCGCCCCAAUUACUGCGUCACAUUUAAAAGCCUCUGACAUGGACACAGUUCUAGAUGAGCUGGUGGUCAGUCUGAUUUCUCCACCACAUUUUGGAUAUAUUGAAAACGUCCUUCCUAGUCCUGGUUUUGAGAAAAGCAACACCGGCAUAAGCAUAGCUUCUUUUUCAUACAAAGACAUCAUCGAGGGUCACGUUAACUACGUACAGUCCAGACACCAGAGGAUGGAGCCUACAGCUGAUCAGUUCAUGCUCUGUGUAUCAGACGGCAAACGCAGCUCUGCCAACGUCCCCUUCUACAUCAUCAUUAACCCGACGAACGACGAGAGUCCAGAGUUUGUGGCUCGCAACAUCACAGUACAAGAAGGAGAAAUGAAGCAGCUGGACUCAUCGGUGUUGCAUGCCAUGGAUCUGGACGUACCCAGGAACGUCUUGCUUUUCAGCGUAGUCAAACCUCCUCAACAUGGCAGCAUCAUCGACCACAGUGGUGGAAAACCAAUGAACAAGAAACGAGAAGCCAAUCCUCAGUCCACUGUGGUGGACUUCACCAUGACAGAUCUUAUUAAUGGUAUGGAGGUGAUGUACAUGCAUGAUGACUCUGAGAAUAUGGAGGACAGCUUCACCAUCCAGUUGACCGAUGGCAGACACCAACUGCACAGACAGGUGAUGGUUAAAGUGCUGCCAGUGAAUGACGAGGAGCCUCGUGUCAUCAGGAACAAUGGACUGGACGUGGAGCCGGGAGACGCCAGACUUAUAUCCAGUGUUACGUUAUUUGCACAGGACAGCGACAACCCUUCCUCAGAGGUCAUGUACAUAUUUGACAGUGUUCCAACCCAAGGACUCCUUCAGCUUAAGGAAAGUCGGAACUGGCUGACACUGUCAGCGGGGAGAAACUGCACCCAAGAAAUGGUGGACAUGAACCUUCUGCGCUAUGUACACACAGGCAUCCGUGCUGCUAAAACACAGGACUUCUUUGUGUUCCACUUGCUGGAUGGAAAGAAUCAAUCACCCCCACAGCACUUCCAGAUCUCUGUGAAGGAUCUAGAAAAAGGAAACAUUGCCAUCAUUGCGAGGCCAGUGAACGUCAGCCGAGGCGAUCGCGUGGUUCUCACAACAGAUGUGCUGCUAGCCACAGAUGGCACAGACAAGCCAGAGGAGCUUCUGUAUGUCAUCACCAUCCCGCCUGCUCACGGACACAUAGAGUACAUCAAACAUCCCGGACUGGUCAUCUCCACCUUCAGCCAGAUGGACAUAGCAGCAAACCUUGUGGCUUACGUUCAUGACAACCGAGCCAGCACACCCAAAGAAACCUUUCAGUUUGUUGUAAGUAACGGUAAAACUAGCCGGAAUGGAAGCUUUGAGAUUGGGGUGGAAAUGGUGGAUCGUGUCCUGCCAUCUCUGUCCUCCAACAAAGGCCUCACAGUCCCCCAAGGUUCCUCCAUGAUCCUGGGUCCUGACUGUCUGUCCAUGUCAGACCCUGACACGCCACCCAGAGGCCUUAUCUUCAUCCUCCUGCAGCCUCCACAGUACGGCAAACUGGUUCUAGCUGGUACCACGUUGACCACCGGUUCAAACUUCACCCAGAUGGACAUACAGGAGUUAGAAGUGGCAUACAAACAUGACGGGGGGCAGUCGCAGAUUGACAGAUUUGCAUUCACUGCCUCUGACAGCACCAAUCGAGGCUUCCUGCUGGACGGGCGGUUACAUACAGAGCCUGUGUUCUUCACUAUUCAGGUCAAGCCUUUGGAUAAGUCGUCUCCCGAGGUUGUGAAGCUGCUCCCACUUUGGAAAGUAGAGCUUUUAGCAGAUGGUCGAUACGGAAUCUUUCUGUCAUCUCGAGAGCUGAAGGCUCAAGACAGCGACAGCAGAGAAGUAGAGCUGAUGUUCUGCAUCACUCGUCCACCCUAUUUUGGUUACCUAGAAAACAUUACCACAGGUGUUUUUGUGCCGCAGUGUUUCUCUCAGUUGGAGCUGAACAAAAAAACUAUUGUAUACAUCAUCAAUCCAGACAGGGAGUCUCUGUCAGACAGUCUGGAGUUCAGAGUGUCUGAUCCUCUUGGUAACACUGGGCCCUCUCACAUACUCGAGUUCAGGUGGUCCAGUGUGGAGCUGUCUCAGGCUGAGUCCUCUGCAUGUGAGCAGCAGGGAACGCUCUCAUUGGACAUCAUACGAAAGGGGAACUUGGCAGAAUCGUCGUAUAUCACUGUCAAGGUAAAGGAGGUGACUGCAACUGCUGGAAAAGAUUUCCUCCUCAACCCCUCUUCCCUCAUUCAGUUUGAUCCAGGAGUGUCAAAGCGGAGCUGGCAAACUGAGAUCAUCCAAGAUCACCUUGAGGAGGCCGAGGAGACUUUUGAAGUGCUGCUGGUUUCUCCUGAAAGCACAGUAAUUGGCAGCAUCAACAAGGCUCAACUCAUCAUCAAGGACUCAGGAAGAGGGCAGUGCAGGCUAAACCAGGAUCGGGAGGCUCCUCUUCUUGGAGGCAAAGAGAUUCGGUCAGAUACAUACCCCCAGCAUGGAUCUAUUCAGCUGGAGAAACUUCCUCUUGGUACAGAAUCGGUUAUUUGGACCCGUGGAGACAGCAUCUCCAGGCCAGGAGCAACUGUCCCAAAAAAGAAAGUCAGAGUGAUGGGCAAUCCAAAAUUAGUAAGUAUCGAAGUAUUAUUUCAUCCUAGAAGCCAGUUUUUCCUUCUUGCAGUGGUUUGGUCCAUCAGCUGAACAACGUUUUAUAAACUGCUGCUCCAUGUUUUGUAUUUCAGAUUGCACCUUCA